CGGCGGGAGGAGGAGGAGGAGGCGGCGGCGGCAGCAGCAGCAGCAGCAGGAGCGCGGCCGGUCUGCUGGUCCUCUGAUCCAUUCCAGAAUGCCUCUGGUCAAGAGGAACAUCGACCCCAGGCACCUGUGCCACACAGCUCUACCCCGAGGGAUCAAGAAUGAAUUGGAAUGUGUCACCAAUAUCUCCUUGGCAAAUAUAAUCAGACAACUGAGUAGCCUAAGUAAAUAUGCUGAAGAUAUCUUUGGUGAACUUUUCAAUGAAGCACACAGUUUCUCAUUUAGAGUCAACUCCUUACAAGAGCGCGUAGAUCGGUUGUCGGUCAGCGUCACACAACUUGAUCCAAAGGAAGAGGAAUUGUCCCUGCAGGACAUUACCAUGAGGAAAGCUUUCCGGAGCUCCACCAUUCAAGACCAACAGCUGUUCGACCGCAAAACGCUGCCCAUUCCUUUGCAAGAGACUUAUGACAUUUGUGAGCAGCCUCCUCCACUCAACAUCCUCACCCCUUACAGGGAUGAUGGAAAAGAGGGCUUGAAGUUUUAUACCAAUCCUUCAUACUUCUUUGAUCUAUGGAAGGAAAAGAUGUUGCAGGACACAGAGGACAAAAGGAAAGAAAAAAGGAAGCAGAAGCAGAAAAAUCUGGAUCGCCCUCAUGAACCAGAAAAAGUGCCACGGGCACCUCACGACAGACGGAGGGAGUGGCAGAAGUUAGCCCAGGGCCCAGAGCUGGCAGAAGAUGAUGCUAACCUCCUACAUAAGCACAUUGAAGUUGCUAAUGGCCCAGCUUCACAUUUUGAAUCCAGAUCUCAGGCAUAUGUGGACCAUCUGGAUGGAUCCUACUCUCUUUCUGCAUUGCCCUACAGCCAGAUGUCUGAACUUCUGAACAGAGCUGAGGAGCGAGUGUUGGUCAGGCCACAUGAACCACCACCACCACCACCCCCAAUGCACGCAGCAGAUGUGAAACCUGUGCCUCCUUGUGUUAGUUCUACGACCGGCUUGGUAGAAAACUGCCCUCAGUCACCAGCAACAGGCAGAACCCCAGUGUUUGUGAGCCCCACUCCUCCUCCUCCACCACCACCACCUCUUCCAUCUGCUUUGUCAACUUCCUCAUUAAGAGCUGCAAUGACUUCCACUCCUCCACCCCCAGUCCCACCACCUCCACCUCCUCCCACAGCUGCUCUGCAGGCCCCAGCUGUGCCACCUCCACCAGCUCCUCUCCAGAUAGCUCCUGGAGUCCUACACCCAGCUCCACCUCCAGUUGCUCCUCCCCUAGCACAGCCCUCUCCCCCUGUCACUAGAGCUGCCCAAGUGUGUGAAGCUGUCCCUGUUCACCCAGUUCCUCCACAGCCUGAAGUACAGGGACUUCCUCCACCACCCCCACCUCCUCCCCUGCCGCCUCCUGGCAUCCGACCCUCCUCUCCGGUCACAGUUGCAGCCCUUUCUCACCCACCUCCUGUUCUGCACCCUCCUCCCACAACCAUUGUCCCCAGCCCUCAUGCCCCUCUAAUGCCUCCGUCACCCCCAUCCCAAGUGACUCCUGCUCCUGAACCCAAGCGCCAUCCUUCCACUCUCCCCGUCAUCAGCGAUGCUCGGAGCGUCCUGCUGGAAGCCAUCCGGAAAGGCAUCCAGCUGCGCAAGGUUGAGGAGCAGCGCGAGCAGGAGGCCAAGCACGAGCGCAUCGAGAACGACGUGGCCACCAUCCUGUCCCGCCGCAUCGCCGUGGAGUACAGCGACUCCGAGGAUGAUUCCGAGUUUGACGAGGUGGAUUGGUUGGAGUGAAGUCCUCUCCCUUGCUGUGCACUGCGAAAUCGAAUGCUAAUGUCCCUUGUGGUGCUUGUUCUCUGGAAGUUUGAUGGUCAUUUCUAGUGGUUUUUGUAUCCUUUUCUUGACACGAUUAAUCCAUGUUUUUCUACUUUUCAGUUUACAAGAAGCUCCUAGUGCAUCUUUGAAACUAAAUGUUCCCCAGUGGCUUUUCUUACACACCUUUUUUUUUGAAAGAACAUCCUUUGUUCCAAUAGACCACUAAGUAUUAAGCAUGGGCAGCUGUUGGUAGAGUAGCAGUUUCCAUUUUUUUGGCAUAUCUUAACUGUGCACUUUGUGAAUUUUAAGUUAAUGAAGGCAACUGAGGUUGACAUUCCAAGGGCAGCUGUAUGUACUCAUGAGCCUUAUCCCACUUCUGAGGGUGUUUUAAAACAUGAACCUAUCAAGAUAAUCACUGCCUCGAGUCCAUCUGCACACUGAAAGUACAUAUAGUUAGCAGCACUGAACACACUGAAAGGAAAACGGAUCUUUGGGGGGUUUUAUUCCUGUUUUAUUGUUGUUUUUAAAUAAUUAUGGCCUUAUUUGAAUGUUUAGAGAUUCCCCUUCCCUUCUUCCCUCCCAGGUACAUAUUGUGUGGUACUAUUUUUGCCUGCAUCAUAGAAGUUUAAUUUUUAUUAUUUUUUUUUUCCUUGUGGAAUCUUUUUUGACUUAAACAUGCUGUGUAACUUAUGUAACUGUUAAAAUAACAGUUUGGUUUAAUAAAUGGUUCAUUUUAAAUGUU